AUGUGGUAUAACGCAGAAGGAAUUAUCUUUGUGUGGUUGCUGUGCGUCCAGUCUAUGAUAACGGCACAUGACCAGAGUACUUGUUAUCUGCCAAAUAACUUAAUUGAAGAGAUAGACUCCUAUGCGCCAACAGUGCAGAGAAUAAUUAAUGAAAGUAUGCAAGGUUCAUUCAAAGGGGCCACAUGGCAAGAUUUAGCGACGUUCGUUGACGAGUUUGGUCCGAGAUUUACCGGUACCCAAGUUCUUGAAGAUGCUAUUGAUUAUGUAUUAAACAAGUCGAUCAGUUUAGGUUUAGAUAAUGUUCAUGGUGAACCAGCCACCGUACCACGCUGGGUCAGAGGUUCGGAAUCUGCAACUCUUUUGCAACCAUGGCAGAAAAGUUUGGCAUUGUUGGGAUUGGGUUAUAGUAUUGGUACUCCGAAAGAAGGCAUAACUGCUAACGCUGUUGUAGUGAAUAGUUUCGCAGAACUCAAGAAAAGGGCAGAAGAGAUUCCCGGAAAAAUAGUCGUGUACAAUCAAAAGUUUAUCUCGUACGGAGAGACCGUGGAAUAUAGAAGCUUGGGAGCUGUAAGAGCGGCAGAAUUAGGAGCUGUAGCUGCUUUAAUCAGAUCAGUUACGCCAUUUUCAUUGUACACCCCGCACACGGGUAUGAUGAAUUACGCAGAAAACGUUACUAAAAUCCCAGCUGCUUGUAUAACUGUUGAAGACGCGACUCUUCUGGGGAGGAUGGCGGAUCGUGGUGAAACGAUAGUGAUAAACUUAAAAAUGGAAGCGAAGAGAUAUCCCGAUACUCAAUCGCGAAACGUUAUAGCAGAUAUCACUGGUACUAGCAUGCCUGAAAAGGCAGUCGUUGUUUCUGGACAUAUAGAUAGUUGGGACGUUGGAAUUGGCGCACUGGAUGAUGGAGGUGGCAUUUUCAUAUCCUGGAACGCAUUAAAAUUAUUGAAACGUCUCGGCAUCCAGGCGCGAAGAACGAUAAGAAUGAUAAUGUGGACUGCUGAGGAACUUGGUCUUAUCGGAGCGGAACAAUAUAUACGAAAUCACGCUGCAGAGAAUGGAAAUAUGCAAUUCGUAAUGGAAUCUGAUUUCGGCACUUUCACACCUACAGGUCUCGAAGUUUCAGGAAACGAAAUGACCAAAUGUAUACUUCAAAGAAUAAUGCGAUUGUUAGCUCCAUUGGGUGACUUGAAAUUGAAAAGUCCAUGCACAGCUCCUGAUAUAUCGUUUUGGAUUAAAGCUGGCGUACCAGGUGGUGCUCUUUUGAAUCGAAAUGAAAAAUAUUUUUAUUAUCACCAUACAAAUGCGGAUACCAUGUUGGCAGAAAAUCCGAAAGCUCUGGAUAUGAAUACAGCCUUAUUCGCAGCGGUAUCGUUUGUUCUAGCAGAUAUCAGCAUUGAUCUGCCUCAACAUAAUUUUACAUCAUAUUAAAAUCAGUUUGAUGUACAUACGUAAUGAUGGAUAUACAGACUUCUGUAUCUGAAUUACUAAUUUUAUCGUCAUGUUUGAGAGCAGCAAGACGGUGAAUUCUAUGUUCAAAUUCACGUACUUUCAUAUAUAAAUCACACAGACAGUAUUACGGACAAUAUUGGGUGAUUUCUAUUUGGUGGCACAA